UGUUAGUUUUAUGUAAGUAGGUCGUAAAUAAUAAAAAUGAUUUUAAUUAAUUUAUAUGUGAUUGCGGGCUUCAUAGUCAUCUCAAAAGCGCAAAUAAAAUUUAUGCCUAAUUUACCAUUGGGAGAAUAUAAAGUGAUAAUAAGAGCAAUUUAUCAAUGUGUAGAGGAACCAAAAGAUCUACCGAUGAAGUUUAAUGUAUAUUUGAGUAAAAAGUCAUCUAAUAUAACCGAAGUCAGAGGAAAUUUGACAUCUGAAUUACCUUUUGACGAUUCGCUAAUUUUUGAUGUAAACUUCGCUUCUUGGAGUUUAACUGGUGGUUGGAAACCAAACUCUCUGGUUUAUGUCACUAAUAAUGCGUGUUCCAAAUUGAAAAGUAUCUCGGGAAAUGUAUGGUACUCAUUUUUAAAGACAAUCAAUUCAACAACUACAAACUGCCCAAUACCAAAGGGUAUUUAUACAUUAUCAGGAUACGACACAACACUUAUUAAUGACAACAAUUUUCCUAAAGUGUAUUUUUAUGGGAAAUAUAAAUUUGUCGGUAAGUUAAAAAACAAAAAUAAUAUAGUAGUUGGUUGUUUAGCUGCUGAGUUUAGCAUUGUUCGGCCAUGGGAAACGAAUAUAAAUUGACAAUUACCUUCUCUAAUGGUGAACGGUUAUUCUGUUGUCCUACAUCAUAUUAUAAUUCAUAUACUUGGAUUGUUAGAAAAUACGUAAAACUAUUACCAUAACUAUAUCAUAAAAAUUAGUAUUGGCAAUAAUAUAUGAUUUAUUCAGUCUUAAUGUCUUAUUAUUUUAAUUAUAUUAUAUUAAUAAUAUAUAUAUCGGUUUACAAUCGUCUGAAAAUUAUCUAUAUUAGCUACUAUAUUAUAAUGUGUUUUCGUGUAUAAUCCAUUGAGUACUACUCAAUGGUAUAAUCUAUUGAUUUAUUAUUCAAUAAGUAAC